GUUGAGCCGAGUUCAUGGUUGGCCAUCAGGCGCUGGCCUUGGAUCACAGGUCACAAGUUAAGGCUGGAUUAACAGGCUGUCUGGAGACAGUUAUUUAUGGCCAACCUUAUUCACUAAAAAGAAACCUGACUAACUACCAGGUAUUUCCUCCACUUUGCUGCAAGCAGACCAAAGUUCCGCUUGUACGGCUGUGCUUUGUCAUUGUGAAUUGUAGCUGUUUCCAUGGGAGUUUUACCAAUGGCAUCUUCUGGUUUGAGGUGUAAUGGGAUACCUGACAACACUGAUAGUCAGAAGGCACCUCUCUUACGUGAACUGCCUGGGAGAAAGGACUGCACGGGACAAGGGAUCGGUCUUUUCAAUCUCUACCGGUCCCCUGCAGAGACAGUCGUCUUCCAACCUGAUCAUUUAUAUUUAGAGACAGUUUUCCCGAGUUGGUCUGGCGUUGGCCAUAACAAAGAUUACUACAGUAGCCUCACAGGAUUUGACCUGAUCAAAUGCACUGGAUGCGAGUGGAACAGAGGCAGGAGCAGGGAUUAUUUAAAGCUGAGGGCUUAGAGUGCUCUGUAAUCAUUCAUUCUCCUCCGUGCCUCACAGUGAUGCAGUGAGAGAAAAUGAUAGAUCGCUAUUCUAUGGCUGGCAGGCGGAGGAUCUUUAGAUCAUUGUGCCGUCUGUGUGCCAGGAGAAGGCACUUUGGACUUCUUUUAAGUGGAUAAACCUGGCAUCUGUCUAUCAAAGGGGACAUGAAGGAUUCCUGUCGCGUGUGCGGUGGUCGUCUGAUUGGCAACCAGUGUCGCUGGAUCUUCAGCUCGUCAGGAAAGAGGAAGAUACAAAUAAUCUUGUCUCACGUUCUGGGCUGGGAGUUGACUCGCGAUGGUCGUGGAGAGUUCCUCUGUGGGAAAUGUGUGUUCCAGCUGGAAAAGGUGGUGCAGUGUGACGUUAACCUCAGCCAGCUCCAGGAAAAGCACAACAGCCAAGUCCAGAAACUGCAAGCGGAGAAAGAACACCUAAUGCAGUGCAUCGUCCAUGUCUACAACAAAAACAACUCCGGUCGGGAAAGGAGUGACGACGAGAGUGUCCAGCGCUCCAAAACUCCCCUCAGGUCAUCUGGCACAGCUAGUUUUGACGACGAGGCUGCAUGUCUCCUGCCCUCUGACGCACAAUCAGUGAGGGAGAGUGGAGGUGGUCCCCGCAUGAGGAGAUGUGUGAGUCUGGACAGACUUGUCAGCAAAGGAGUCUUUCCGGGGCGUUCAGGUCUCAGGAAAUGGAGGAUUGGGUCAUCUGUAGGGCUUGAUACUUCGGUGAAGAGCUUUGGUUUACGAGGCUCGCGUUGCAGCUCUCAAAGCAUGUACCUAGACCUGGUUCACUAUAAGGGUGCAUUUCCCAGACCUGGAUUCAAAGGUCGCUCCACAUCCCUGCAGUCGCUCAACAGGGACUUUGCCGCCGACAUUGCAGACACGCCACGCAAAAAUAAACUCAGAGAAGCCAAGACAAGUGUCACCAGAAAAGCUGCCUCUGAUGAUGACGGGGGAAAGGCUCAGGCUAAGUUGCUCCUCCAACGCUCCUCACGGCAUCCUUCGGUGAUCUCUGACCUGACCCAGCUCCUGCGCUGCAUCACCAAGCACGGAGUGUCUGUCCCUCCUGGGAGCCGCAUUCCUGUCCUACAGAGGCUGAGUGUUGGCCACGUUAACAUCUGUAGCAAGCGUGUACGCAGAGAAGCAGAGUGGAAGUCGCUGCAUGACCUAACAGAGGAAUUUGAUGAUAAAUACACACCUGUCACAGUGGAGAGCGAGGUUAAUCGUCUGGAGUCCACCAACAAGCUGCUGACUGAAGAGCUCACCCAGGUUAAAAGCACCCAUGAGAACCUGACCAAAACACUAGAGGAAGCCCAGAAUCAAACAAAGACAUUGUCUACAAAGUUGGAGGAGAAAGAGAAUGAACUCCACACAGAGAAGAACAACAACCUAAAGCAAGCCAAAACCAUUCAGGGGUUAACUCAAGUUGUCGGAGAGAAAGAAAAGGAGAUUGCAGAGUUGUGUCAUGAGAUUGAGGACCGGGAUGAUGCGCUCGCCAAAGCAAGGGAAACGGCACACAAAGCUCAGAUGCAGAAAUAUCAGGCACGUUGUCGACUUGUGGCCUGAUGUCGCCUGAUGUUG